AUGGCAUUUAACCCCCGGGACGCGUUCAUUCUGCACCAGGAGCAGAUCCAGAGGCAGAAUGAGGGGGAUGAGGUGGAUACCUCCGCCGAGCAAAAAGUACAAAUAGACUUACAGCGACUCACGGAUUCAGAGUCUGCAGUAACUAUCACAUUUUCUCAUGAGGAUCAUACCCUGGGAAACCCUCUACGCCAUGUACUCAUGCAAAAUCCUGAGGUGACAAGCGCCGGCUACGCCAUUCCACAUCCACUGGAAGCAAAAAUGCUGCUGCACGUCCAAUCUACUGACUACGCAGUCGAGGCUGUGGCGGAAGGACUUGAACGUUUAGCUUCUAUCUGUGAUCAAACGUUGCAGAGCUUCGAAGAGUGUAUGCGUAGGACAAAAUGCGAGGGAAUUAAGCUUGAGGAGUAG